AUGCGGUUGUGCUUAGAGUGUAAUGGUCCCAAUCCAGAGUACAAGUGUCAGGACUGCUUUGGGUCAGAGCUUCAUUGCUCAACUUGUAUUUUGUCAGUCCAUGCACACCACCUGCUUCACCGAUUGCAGCGAAUUUCUCUGAAAGCCCUGGGCCUCCGCAUUCAGCUUGGUCACAUCACUGGCCAGCAAUGCGUCAAUCCUCACUGUGCUUUUAAUGACGAUUUUGUCAUUAUCGACAUGUUCGGUAUACACGAAGUGUCACUUGACUUCUGUGGUUGUGCAAUAGCCGAAAAUCCAAAAACUGCUGCAACAUUCCACGUUCUGGAGCAGUAUCACCUGCUCUCAUUUGAGUCAAAAAUAUCUGGCUAUGAAUUUUAUCAUGGACUUUGCCGGAUGUCUGACAACACCGGUCUACUUCUCAUUAAGGAUCGAUAUGAGUCAUUUAUGCAGAUGAUUCGUGAAUGGCGUCACCUGAAGAUGCUCAAACGUUCAGGGCAAGGUCACAAUCUGAAGGGUGUAGAAGCGACAGCUCAAGGUGAAUGUGCUGUAUUGUGCCCAGCUUGUCCACAUCCAGGGAAGAACCUUCCAGAUAAUUGGAAAGAUGCACCUCGACGUUGGCUCUAUGGAUUGUUCCUUGCUAUCGAUGCAAACUUCCAGUUGAAACGCAAGGCUGUCUCGAAUGACAGUGUGGAUCCAAGCCUGAGUUCUGGGUGGGCCUAUUUCAUGGAGGAUGAAGCUUACAAGGGCUUCUUGGACAGCAAUUCGGACAAUACCCAAGAGAAAUCAACAUGCUCAAGUCACAAUGCUGUGAACAUGGCAGACACAAAAUCUAACUGCGGACUUACUGCCACAGGUUUAGGUACUGUCAACUGUGCCCGCCACAACAUGAAAUGGCCCAACGCUGUUGGAGAUCUCCAAAAGGGUGAAAGAUAUGUCAACAUGGAUUAUUUAUUCUUCUCAACACUGCGCCACACUGUAAUCGACACUCUGAAUGUAUCUUAUGAUAUCGCGUGCCAGUGGCACAAAAAAUUAUGGCACCGUAUGAGCACAUUUCCAGUCUCAAUGCACCUCCUGCCCACUUUCAAAACUAUCUCUUUUUUCAUCCCAAAGUUCCACCUUCCUGCUCACAUCAAGGAGUGUCAAACCUCAUUCUCGUUCAAUUUCAAGAGUGGGGUUGGUCGGACUGAUGGAGAAGCACCCGAGUGUGGCUGGGCCAAUAUCAACCCCAUCGCUUCAAGUACUAAAGAGAUGGGUCCUGGUGCAUGGCGAGACACCCUUGACGACUACUUUGGAGACUCAAAUUGGAAAAAGGUAGUUAAACUUGGUCAUACUAUGCUUCACAAGAUGAAGGAUGCCUUACCGGAGCGGCAGGAUCAUCACGAAGCCCUUGACGACCUUGAAGAAGGUUUGAGAGGUGAAUAUAGUGCCGCUCUCGCCCAGUGGAGAGAACAUGUGGAGGCUUGGGAGCAUGACCCUGCAAAGCCAAAUCCUUUCGAACGAAGGGCAGAAACUGUCACUAUGGCUUCUGUGCGACUGGAACUGGCUAGGGAUGACCAGAAUGAUAUUCAAACAGGGACUUGCCUUGCGCUACAUGAGGACUGUACUCCUAGUGUAUUGAUCAGUACCGGCUUAGAACUCGAGGAACAACAACGGCAAAUGAAAGCUGACAGAGCCGGCCUCAGAGUUCAUGCAACAGACAAUCAAGAAGGGAAGAUGCUUCAGCGGAAUAACACUCUGCAAUGCAGGAUCGACACCUGGACUAAAUUACAGGAACUAUACAUGCCAUCGCUCACUGCACUAUGUGUCAGCAAGAGUUCAGUAUCUGGUGGCAUAGCCACUGCAGUAGCUACACCAGAAACCAUCAAACUCUGGCUACCAUCCCAAAUCGGCAAGACAGCACCUUGUGACACCUGCCUCCAAACCAUUGAAUGGAAGCUCCGGUAUGCGCAAGCUCACGAUGCACUAUGUUCCCUACAUUCAAACUUGCAUGCUCAGACUGCAAUCCUCAAGUAUAAAGAUCACAACCUUCAUGGACAAGGUGCGAAUACAAGGGCACAGAAUACACUCAAAGCUGUUGAAGCGAGGCUUGAGGCUGCUGCCAGCAUGUAUGAGCAUGCCCAUAAGGCUCUCGUGACUGGGUGGCACUCCUCACUGCAGCCACUAAACCGAGCGGAUAUCCGCUCAAUGACAGAUCUAUUAUGGGGGAAUCAGAGGGGACAAGAAAACUAUCUUGGAUCUGGAAUAUAUAUGCGAAUCGAAUGGUGCAAAGCCAGGGCACAGGCGAUGUGCUGGGCUGAAGAGGUGGAGCUGCUGAAGGAAGAGAUGCAGAGGAUCCUACAAUUUUUCGAAUGGGAUGUGCAAUGCUGGGAUGAGCGAGGGCUAGAAGAUGCCUUACACGACAUGGAUGAUGAUGAUGAGCGCGAGGGACUGAUAGCAUAUUCCAAAUGUCAAGCUUUGUUAUGUCGAAGGCUCGCUGAGUCCUUCAGGACUAGUUGGACUGACACCUUGGCACUGGCGGACAUAUUCAACCACUCACUCGUCACUCAGCAAGACAUGGACAUUGAUUGA